AUGGACCGCCAGAGCCCGUCGACGUCCGUGGGCCAGCUCAAGGCAGCGAGCCAGGAGCUCCGCAGCCUCCUGCCCAAGCUCAUCGACGCCCAUGACAGCGACAUUAGCCCUCGCGUGGCCCGAGCGCUCCUCCUGCUACAGAAGAUCAAGAGCUCGACGCGCGAUACCUUCCUCGAGACCGAGGCGUGGCGCAAGCGAGUGGCUGACCAGAAGGAUCUCGUCGAAGCGCACCACCUCAAGCUCCAGAACCUCAUGUACGAGAAGGACCACUUGCUGCGCGAAAUCAAGCGCUGCCGCGGCUUCCCGAUGAAGGAGAUGGACAAGAUCGAGUUCCCGGAAGGCCAGCUGCCCGUGACGGGCGACCCCGACAUGCAUGCUGAGCACCUCCUUCGCUUGGAGACGGAGAAGGAAGCUCGCGAAGAAGUCCAAGAGCAGCAGCGCCAGCUGCACGCCAAGAUUGCAGCCGUCGACGAAGCCAUUGUCGAGAAGCGCACCUUCUUGGAGUCGUUGCCUGCCGAGAUCGCCGCGAUUGAAAAGGCGAGCGAGCCGCUUCAAGCAUUGCUCUCGAUUCCAGUGACAACGAUGGACGUCGCGCGCCAGCACGACGCCAAGGAGCUUCCGUCGGCGCUCUACACGCUCUACUGCGAGCUCGAGGCCUACAUGCAGGCCAUGGGUCCGGGGUCGUUGCAGCUGCGCAUCGCACCGGCGCAAGCGACACCGUCGUCCUCGACCAAGGUCAGCUCGCGCAGUGUCCGUGAACGCACGACGCCGGUGCCCGAGGUCGACGAACGCGCGUCCAAGCGCCAAAAGACGACGCCGCUCGCGUCUCGGUCGCCGUCGCCGUCCGUGGCGUCGCCUGCACCCGCGCCGGCAGCGGCGACGAGCACGCCCGCCGUGCAGCUGGCCGAAGCCUACAGCGUCGCGCCCAAGGCCGUCGAGAUUGAGUUUAUGCCACCGGCGGGGUCGUCGGCGGUGCCCUUGUGCGUCCGAUUUAUCUAUCUUCCCGUGCUCGGUAUUGUCACUGUCGAGACGCCGGCGUACCCACAUCUGCUGCACAACUUGUUUGAUAAAGACGCGGGCGACGUGCAGCCCAACGUCGCUGCUGCGUACGCCCUCGUGAGCGAAGACGGCCACGAAGUCGACAUGGACUAUCCCGCCGAUGCGCCCGCGCGGCCCUAUCUCUGGGCGCAAUGGAUCUGCGGACUCGCCUUCCAGCGCCGGUCCGAGCCCACGCGUCCCGAGCCCUCGAUCCGCUGCGUCCUGACCACGCUUGCGGAGCGCUACGAGAGUCGUGUUGCGCUGCUGGCGCUCUCGGACCGACUCGCGGCGCGGCGUGUCGAAGCGCAUGCGUCACUCGCAGCGGUUUUGCCCAAGGCGCGCAAGACGACGCUGGUCAAGUGGACGGCCAACGUGCGGCCGACCGAAGCCUUUGCGACGUUGCACGCGGAGAACAGCUACUUCCGCGCCGUCCUCGAACACGACCGCAGCCGCGUCAAUGUGUAUGUCGAGGUGUCGCCGGCGUACCCGCAAGUGCCACCCGUGGUCGUCUGCGAAGGCGAGCGACGAGCUAACGUGCCGAGUGCCGACCAGCUCAAGGACAUGGCCCUCGAGGUGAGUCUCGCGAGCAAGUCGUGGCACGCACCGGACGCCAAACCGUGGCUGCUCAUGCACCAGAUCAUGACGCUCAUGACGUGUCUGGACGAGGUGCACGCCAAGGGCGACAAGUACACGUUUGGCUCCAAGCGCGCCGUGGUGUCCGACGACACUGCGUAAAGCAAAAGAUCUCCCACUUCAACUACAUGAGAAUACACUGUUUCGCCGAUGGAACACUGUUUCGCC